UAAUGAAAAGACUUAUUGAACAUAGAAUAUAAGAUUAGAUGAUUUUGGUGCUUGUCUCCCUCUUCGCUGUUCUUAUUCUUAAUGUUCUUCUAUGGAGAUGGCUCAAGGCUUCUGCAUGUAAAGCCCAAAGGCUUCCUCCAGGUCCACCAAGGUGGCCUAUUUUGGGUAAUCUUCUUCAAUUGGGCCCUUUACCUCAUCGGGACUUGGCUGCUUUAUGUGAUAAGUACGGUCCACUAGUCUACCUCCGGCUUGGAAAUGUAGAUGGUAUCACAACGAACGAUCCCGAUACCAUCCGUGAGAUUCUCUUACGGCAAGACGACGUUUUUGCAUCGAGGCCGAAAACACUCGCCGCAGUCCACCUAGCUUAUGGAUGUGGGGACGUCGCAUUAGCGCCAAUGGGCCCCCAUUGGAAAAGAAUGAGGAGGAUAUGCAUGGAACACCUACUUACAACCAAAAGGCUUGAAUCAUUUACAACCCAACGGGCUGAGGAAGCUCGGUAUCUAAUACGAGAUGUUUUCGAACGGUCCGAAUCCAGAAAGCCGAUAAAUCUUAGGGAAGUAUUGGGUGCUUUCUCUAUGAACAAUGUGACUAGGAUGUUACUAGGGAAACAAUUCUUUGGACCUGGAUCUCUAGUACCCCCAAAAGAAGCCCAAGAGUUUAUGCACAUAACUCACAAAUUGUUUUGGCUGUUGGGUGUAAUUUACCUAGGAGACUACUUGCCGUUUUGGAGAUGGGUGGAUCCGUCUGGAUGCGAGAAAGAAAUGAGGGACGUGGAGAAGCGUGUUGACAAUUUUCACACGAAGAUCAUCGACGAGCACAGAAGGGCAAAACGGGAAAAUAAAGAUACUAAGGGAGACAUGGAUUUUGUUGACGUUUUGUUGUCUCUACCUGGUGAGAACGGAAAAGAACACAUGGAAGACGAUGAAAUUAAAGCUCUAAUUCAGGACAUGAUAGCGGCUGCGACAGAUACGUCAGCGGUCACAAACGAAUGGGCUAUGGCUGAAGUGAUUAAGCAACCACGAGUAAUGCGUAAAAUUCAAGAAGAGCUCGAUAAUGUCGUAGGAUCAAACCGAAUGGUCGAUGAAUCAGAUCUAGUCCAUUUAAACUAUCUACGUUGUGUGGAAAUGAAGUCAAUCUUUGGACAAGAACCCUGUCCCGAUGGAUUUUCCGGUCCGGCGACAAUGGAUUUCUCUGAGUUGAAGUCCAAAAUUGAACCUUUGAAAUCUACAAAUCUGGAGAAUUCUGAUUUUAGAUCACAUAUUGAGUAUCAGCAGUCUACACGCUCGAGCAAGAACUAUUCGCAACCUAUAGAACAAUCUGCAAAAGUAGCUAGUGAUAUAUCUAAGCUAACCCAUGUUGGGAUCUCAGGGGAAGCUCAAAUGGUGGAUGUUUCUUCUAAGGACAAUACUAAGAGAACUGCAUUGGCUUGUUGUAAAGUUAUUCUCGGGAAGAAAGUUUUCGAUUUGGUGUUAGCGAAUCAAAUGGGUAAAGGAGAUGUUCUUGGAGUGGCGAAAAUCGCUGGGAUUAACGGAGCAAAACAAACUAGUAGCUUAAUACCAUUGUGUCAUAACAUUGCUCUUACGCAUGUUCGUGUAGACUUAAGACUAAACCCUGAGGAUUUUAGUGUUGACAUUGAAGGAGAAGCUUCUUGCACUGGAAAAACCGGAGUUGAGAUGGAAGCUAUGACUGCUGUAUCAGUUGCUGGUUUAACGGUUUACGAUAUGUGUAAGGCUGCUUCGAAAGAUAUCAGUAUUACAGACGUGAGACUCGAGCGUAAAACUGGUGGAAAGAGCGGGUAUUGGUCUAGAGGGGAGUGAACACAAAGAAUAUUUGUCUCUGUAGCUAUGGAGAUUGGAACUUCGUUUAGUGCGAUGGCUUGUUCGGACCAGUAAAACCGGCUGCUGCGA